AUGGACCGCUUCAAGCAGAUCGAUGCCAGCAACUCGUCCAUCGGCGCACUCCUCUUCCACGAUGAAGAGGUAGUCAGCUUGCAAGACAGCAUCGGGCUGUACGACGGCAAAGAGAAGACCCUUCAUCAAAACAAUGGCACUGUCUAUCUCACCUCACAUCGUCUUCUCUAUGUCGAUGACCUCGAACCACAUCGCUAUUCGUGCAGCUUGGAUCUUUCGCUCGUCAAGCAGAGCGAGUACUACGCUGGAUUCCUCAAAAGCAGUCCCAAGAUCACCCUCACCCUAGCCAAGCCAGAGACGAGCGGCGAUGGUUCCAGCGAGAAUCCACAAACUCGGCCAAAUGCUUCCUCUCCACAAACGGAUUCGCCUCGACUAAGUGCGACAUCGAGCAGGGACUGGAGAAUCAACGCUUCAGCUGCCGACUCCUCGGCUUCGGACGCAGCAGGGUCCAAUUGGGUCUGUGCUAUCUGUGGCUUCAGCAAUGCUGCGAGCAGAGGCUCAUGCGAGCUGUGCGGCGUCACCAAGGAACCUGCUCGACCUAUGGCAACGCGGUCGCCUCUCCCACCAAAAUCACUACUGCCCGAGGCAACAAGACCAGAUCCCUUCACCAGCCCAGCCAAGGCGCCUCCAACGGAUACAACCGACUCUACAUCCCAAUUAGCAGAUUCAAAAAGCAAAAACGGCCUAGCUUGCGACGUCUGCACGUUUUUCAACCAUCCCUCGAUGAACAAGUGCGAAAUGUGUGGCUCCGACCUCGGUCGCGAAUGGCGCAAAAGCUCAUCUCCUGCGGCUUCCACAACUUCACUCACAACGCCGAGCACCCCAGCACGCAAAAGCACAGAGGCAGAUGCACUGUCAAUACGCAACAGCACUGCAACCAGCAGAUCUUCCACACCAGCUUCAGCCAAUGUACUCACCCCAACCGAUUCUGUGAAGCUUAGCUUCCGCAAAGGAGGCGACAAAGCUUUCUACAACCUGCUCAAAUCCACAUUACAAGCAAAAGCAUGGGCGACCGGUGCCAAGAACGUGAACUCAGGCGGGUCUGGUGGAUCAUCGGCCAACGAGGGCCGUGCCCUCCGUGUUGCAGCAGGCAUGGUUGAUCUCGAUGGUCGAUCAGCAGCGCUCAAGCGAGUCGGCAUUGAUGGCAUCCUUUCGUCUGUCGACUCGACCAGUCGCGCUCAGAAUGAUGACAUGCAAGGAGCGCUCAAAGAUCUCGAAGCGCUUAUGCGAAAAGCCAAGCAGAUGGUCGACUUCGCCGAAUCACUCAAUGCCAAGCUCACCAAGCAAGAACAGGCCGCGGCUGCAGCUCGUCAAGCAGGCUUUCCCGACACUGCGCCACAACCGGAUCAGGAAGCAGCUACACUCAUUCGAUCUUCUCUUGUACAGCUGGGUCUUCCAGCGCCUGCUGUGACAGCUGACAUGGCUAGAGAUCAGGAAGAAUAUCAUCGCGAGCUUGCUCGUGAGCUCGCAGGUUUACUUCUCGGCAAUCCUUCUGGCGGUCAGCGGUCAGGCUUAAUGGGCUCAGGAAAGAUCGCCGCAAAGGGAAAAGGUAAGGAUUCACUGCCACGAGUCUCUGAUGACGGAAUGAAGGGGAGAGGCCUGAUAGGCUUGGAUGAAGUAUGGUGUGUUUGGAACAGAGCACGUGGUGUUGCUCUCAUUCCACCACAAGCAUUGCGCUCGGCAGCUGCAUUCUUGCCCGAUAUCACAUCGCCCUCAGUGCGCAUCAAGACAUUCAAGUCCGGUCUGUCGGUAUUACAUACACCGAGGUACAGUGACGACGCAUUUGCUUCACGUAUCUUGCACUUCCUCGACACACUAGAGUGGGAGCACAAGAUGAAACGCAUCGAACAGGCACAAUCACUUCGAAUUUCGGACAAGAGUAACGGAACAACAGCGAACCAAGAGUCGGCUUCGCCGGAAGAGGCGAGCUAUGGCGACAAUCUGUCACCUUGGGGUUCGGGAGCAUCGAUACUGGAGAUUGCGGAGAAGGAAGACGUGCCCAUCUUGUUGAUUAACGAGAUGAUGGACAUGAUCGAGGCUACGACUGGAAUGGUUGUGCGUGAUGACGGAGGUCCUAAUGGUACAAGGUGGUUCGUGAACUACUUCUCGAGGGUGUAA